ACCCGCCCCGUCCAGUCUGGCCUGGGCGCUGAAGGAACUGCGGUCCUAGCCGCUGCCACCCAACAGCCUGUCCUGGGUGUCCCGUGCCCUGCCCCCAACCAGUCAUGACCCUGCGCCCCUCACUUCUCCCGCUCCGUCUGCUGCUGCUGCUGCUGCCGCUGCUGCUCAGUGGGGCGGUGUGCCGGGCUGAGGCUGGGUUCGAAACCGAAAGUCCCGUCCGGACCCUCCAAGUAGAGACUCUGGUGGCGCCCCCGGAACCGUGUGCUGAGCCUGCUGCCUUUGGAGACACGCUUCACAUACACUACUCGGGCAGCUUGGUAGAUGGACGCAUCUUUGACACUUCUCUGACCAGAGAUCCUCUGGUUAUAGAACUUGGCCAAAAGCAGGUGAUACCAGGUCUGGAGCAGAGCCUUCUAGACAUGUGUGUGGGAGAGAAGCGAAGGGUAAUCGUUCCUUCUCACUUGGCCUAUGGAAAACGGGGAUUUCCGCCAUCUAUCCCAGCGGAUGCAGAGCUGCAUUUUGACGUGGAGCUCAUUGCACUGAUCCGAGCCAACUACUGGCAAAAGCUGGUGAAGGGCAUUUUGCCUCUGGUAGGCAUGGCCAUGGUGCCAACCCUCCUGGGCCUCAUUGGGUGUCACCUAUACAAAAAGGCCAGCAGACCUAAAGUCUCCAAAAAGAAGCUCAAGGAAGAGAAAAGAAACAAGAGCAAAAAGAAAUAAAAAAUAAUUUUUUAAAAUCUU